CUUCCGGAAGAGCGUACGCGGAACUGCACGUGGUCCGUGUGCUAGUGGUUUCCUCAGCUACGGGUCCCUGUGUUUAGCCAUGGGGGUCCGCAGCGCGGAAGAGUUGCUUGCCCGGGCCGAGCAGGCUGAGGCGGAGAAGCUGCGGCUCAUCACGGUGCACAAGGACUUAGAGCUCGAAUUCGACCUGGGCAACCUGCUGGCCACUGACAGGAAUCCCCCGACGGGUUUGCGGCAGCGGAGCGGACCGGAGCUGGAGGCGCAGCUGCUGGGGUUGGCCCGCGACAAUGUGCAGCUGCUUAUCAACCAGCUGUGGCAGCUCCCCACGGAGCGCGUGGAGGAGGCGGUGGUGGCCAACCUCCCCGAGCCCAGCCUGCGGCUGCCCCGCGAAAAGCCGCUUCCCAAGCCGCGGCCGCUCACCCGCUGGCAGCAGUUCGCGCAGCUGAAGGGCAUCCGACCGCGAAAGAAGACCAGCCUGGUGUGGGACGAGGUGAGCAAGCAGUGGCGGCGGCGCUGGGGCUACCAGCGGGCCCGCGACGACACCAAGGAAUGGCUGAUAGAGGUGCCAGGCAGCGCUGACCCCAACGAAGACCAGUUUGCCAAGAGGCAGCAGGCCAAGAAGGAGCGCGUGGCUAAGAACGAGCUGAACCGGCUUCGUAAUAUCGCCCGCGCCCACAAGGUGCAGCUCCCCAGUCAGGGAGGGAUGCACCCCACUGGCUACCAGAGCCGAGCCGAGCUGGGCAAAGCCAUGCAAGUGGCCAAGGUCUCCACCGCCUCCGUGGGGCGCUUCCAGGAGCGGCUGCCGAAGGAGAAGCCGUCCCGGGGCCCGGGCAAGAAGCGCCACUUCCAGCCCAACAUCGGAGACUUUGCUGCCGAAAAGAAGAGUCAGCUGGAGCUGAUCAGGGUCAUGAACAGCAAAAAGCCCAAAAUGGACGUGACCCGGGCGACCAACAAGCAGAUGAGGGAGGAGGACCGGGAAGAAGCUGCUAAGAGGAAAAUGGCCAGGGGGGGCAACAGAAAGGGCCAUGGGGGCAAGCGAAAAGGGCGACCUCCGGGUCUAGGGGGAAAGGGGAAAGGAGGACCAUCAGGCCCGGGAAACAAGCGAAAAGGGGGACCGCCUGGUGUGGGUGGCAAAAAAGGACAGCGUCCGGGAGGGAAGAGGAGGAAGUGAUGAAUUUUCCUCAAGUAUGUUCAAUCACUGAACAGUAUUGGUAGUGCCUUGAGUUCGGGACUCCAGUGAGAUCCAGUCUGGAAUCUGGUGCUCUUUGGUUAAGCACCUAACUCGGAGACCCGAAAUUUAAAUGCUUUGGACUUUGAGAAAGUUGAAUGGGGGACAGUAAUCAAGGAAUUUUUUGUGGAGGAGUUGAAACUCAAGCCUAGUUUGAAAUGUUUUUCGGGACUCGAAAACUUAAACUGCUUGUAACUUUUGGAGGAGGGGAUUGUUGAGUAAGAUAUGAAUAUAUUUCAGAUUCUUGGCAAAAAAUUUAAUUUUGUGAGUUCAGAAUUGAGUUUAAAAGUAACCAGUUGUAAAGAUUAAUAAAUGUUGGGUUUCUAUUCAAAA